AUUUUUCCAUGACAGUAGAAAGUUUACACUGGUCUCUCCUGAGAUCUGAGUUCACUUUAAACAGGCAAACAAGAUUUUUAUCUUGGUCUCCUUCAAAGGCACAAAGUUGACAUCAGGACAGCUCUGUUUCUGCUCCAGAAACCAGUUUAAAAUCAACAUGGAGGAUCCACUGGAUUUCUAUAUAGUAGAUAUUGCUGAAGUGAAAGAGGCCCUGGAAAACAGUGAUACUGCUGCAGCAACUGAGAAAAUUCAAGAAUGUUUAGAAAAGCAAGAAAAGAUUCCAUUAAACAUUGCCAUUACAGGAGAGUCUGGUGCUGGUAAAUCCACUUUUAUUAAUGCCUUCAGAGGUAUAGACCACAAAGAUGAGAGGGCAGCCCGCACUGGUGCUGUAGAAACCACCAUGGAGCUUACAAAAUACCCACAUCCAAACUAUCCUAAUGUCUUAUUCUGGGAUCUCCCUGGUAUUGGCACUACCAAUUUUCCAGCUGAUGAGUAUCUGAAGAAAAUGGAAUUUGAAAAGUUUGACUUCUUCAUCAUCAUCUCAGACACUCGUUUCAGAGAAAAUGAUGUGAAACUCGCUCUGGAGAUUCAAAAGAUGGAGAAAAAGUUCUACUUUGUCCGCUCCAAAAUUGACAAUGAUGUUCGUGCUGAAGAAAGAACUCAGAAAGAUUUCAGUCUAGAGAAGAGUCUUAAAGGGAUUAAGAGAAACUGCAUUCAAGGUCUUGAAAAAGGAGGGAUGACAUCUCUUAAGGUCUUCCUGGUGUCCAGCUUUGAACUCCACCUUUAUGAUUUCCCUCUCCUACAAAAUACCUUAGAGAAAGAACUCCCAGCACAUAAGAGGGAUGUUCUGCUGUUUGCCAUGCCCAACAUCAACAUGGAGAUCAUCAACAAGAAGAAAGAAGCCUUUCAGGCCAAGAUAAAAUAUCACGCUGCUGGAUCUGCAAUGGCAGCAGGCGUACCGAUUCCUUUCCUUUCUGUUAGUGUUGAUCAAACCAUAAUGGUGAAAGCUAUAGAAGAUUAUUUAACUGUGUUUGGUCUUGAUGAGCCUUCACUGGAAAGGCUUUCUUCCACCUCAGGUGUGUCUUUAGAUGAAUUACUUGCUGUCCUUAAGUCACCACUUGCUGCCAAAACCAUAACCAAUGAUCUCGUCCUGAAGGCAUUGUCCCACUUAACAGGCACAACUGCAUUAAUGGCAGCAGAGGACGGGUCCAGAUUUAUUCCAUUAUUUGGAAUCCCAUUAGCAAUGAGUCUGUCUUUUGUCACAACCUACAGAGCUCUGAGUUUUUUCCUCAACAUGCUUGCAGACGAUGCUCAGAGUGUGUUUAAAAAGGCUCUGGGUUUGAAAACCUCAGACUAAUAUUUUAUGAACAAGCUUUCAUUUGAGUACUGAAACUGCCAGCAUUUUCCAUAGUUUGUUUUUCUAAAUAAAUCACUCAAUCAUCCAAAUCAUAAUCUAGUUUGUCUAUCUUAACAAAUGCGCUUGUACAGCUGGAAGACAUCAGUGUAGUGUAAUUUUAAGACUUUAAACUUUGCUUCUGGAAUGUAAUUGUUAGGUUCCAGUUAUUUGGGGUUUUGUAGUUUGGUUUUGGUAUUUGGUUUAUUCUUGUGCAUUUUAUCUCCCUUUCUUUUGCCUGCUCCUUACUUGAAUUAUUUGCUUUGAAAGUCUUUUGAAGGUCCUAAUAAAUUGUGAUGUGGUAUGUAACCACAAACGUUUUUAACAAUUGUACAUUUUAAUAUUACUAAAUUGGAGAAUAACUGCAGAUGUAGAAGAGUUUGCUUCAUAAUAUAGAAUUUAUGCUAUAAUUAAAGGUUUAUGGAAUAUUAGAACUUCUGUCUUUCUUUUAAAUACUUUUUAUAAUAAAACAAAUUUGACUGAUUGAUUUUGUUGUGAUGAGCUUUCACUGCCCUUGAGCGGUCACAAUGAGAACUUAAAUAACACCAAUGAUAAA